AAAAAAAGAGCCUUAUCAAAAAAAGAGCAAGACAAAAUUAAUCAAGACUUGAUUAAUUUUAUUGUUGAUGAUAUUCAACCAUUUAACAUUUUAGAAAAUAAAUUUUUUAGACAUUUCGUAAGUUCAUUGAAUCCCAACUAUGAAAUUCCUUCACAGCCAAAAGUUGAUCAACUAAUUGAAUUUGCAUAUCACAAUACCAAUCAAAAAUUAACUAAAUUAAUUGAUUCUGCUGAUGUUGAAUAUGUUUCUUUGACAUGUGACUUCUGGACUUCUAGGGGGCGUCAUGGAUACAUUGGAGUCACUUGCAGCUUUUUAUCUGAAGAUUUUGAGUUUAACGAAAUCUUGCUGGCUCUUCAACAUGUUCCUUAUCCCCACACAGCAGAGACAAUCAAUAAUAAAUUACAAGAUGUUAUAUUUAAAUGGAAUCUCAAAAACAAAGUAUUCACUUUAACAACUGACAAUGGUGCUAAUAUGGUCAAAGCUGCUAGACUUCUUAAUUAUGAUCUAAAUAUCAUAAGAAUACCAU